AGUAUAAAUAAAUUCUCCUAGGUAUCUUAUUGAUGCAAAAUGGUUCAAACAGUGGAAAAAGUAUGUAGGCUAUGAUCAGUGGGACCUAAGUAGUGUUGGAGAGCAGGGUGCCUACCCAGGGCCAGUUGACAAUUCACCUCUAAUGAAAGAAGGCACACAGGAAUUAAAAGACCAUUUAAUUGAUGAACUUGAUUAUAUUUUAAUACCUAAAGAAGGCUGGGAGAAAAUUAUCCAGUGGUAUGGACUAACUCAGGGCCAGGUUCCAGUUGCAAGGAAAGUGAUUGAACAAGGAAUGUUUGUCAAGCACUGUAAAGUAGAAGUUUAUCUUUUGGAUUUGAAACUUUGUGAAAAUUCAAAUAUAGCAGACAGUUAUUCCAUGAGUUUCAGUAGAUGUGACACUGUAGGUGAUGUUGAAAAGGUGAUUAGAAAAAAAUUCAACAUAUCAGAAAAUAAAGAAGUUCGACUCUGGAACAAAUAUAUGAGUAAUACAUAUGAACACCUCAGUAAACAAGAACAGACUCUGCAGGAAGCUGGACUGUACGCUGGACAAGUUAUUGUUGUAGAGCAAAAGAAUGAGGAUGGUUCAUGGCCAAGACAGACCAAAAGAACAGAAACAGAUUGCAGUCAUAACAAAACCUCAUUCAACAGCUACUCGACUAAUGAACAUGAUUCUGGAAGAGGAACUGUUGCUCCUGGACUGUGUGGAUUGGCAAAUUUAGGAAAUACAUGUUUCAUGAACUCUGCAAUACAGUGUAUGUCAAAUGUGCCAAAGCUGACAAAUUAUCUACUUGGAGACAGAUGGAAGGAUGAAAUUAAUGAAGAAAAUCCUUUAGGAAUGGGAGGUGAAAUUGCUACAUCUUAUGCUGAUUUAAUUAAGACAAUGUGGUCUGGAAGAUACAGCUAUACAGUACCAAGGAACUUCAAAAUACAAGUCGGAAAAUUUGCUCCCCAGUUUUCUGGAUACCAGCAACAAGAUUCACAGGAACUACUUGCUUUUCUGCUUGAUGGAUUACAUGAAGAUUUAAAUAGAAUUAAGAAAAAACCAUACAUUGAAUGUCAGGAUACAGACAACCGCUCUGAUGAAGUAAGAGGCUUUAAAUAA